CUGGGGUCCUGCGGGAUGAUGGUCUGUUGAACUUCCUCAAGGUGAACAGGUCAUGGCACAGGCUGGUGGGCUGCCGCAGGCCAGCACUGCUUCUGGCCAGCCCUACGUGAGCAAGUUGGUUCUGCUCGGAAGCAGCUCUGUGGGCAAGACCAGCCUGGUCCUUCGCUACAUCAAGCAGGACUUCAACAGCGUCUUGCCGACUGUGGGUUGUGCGUUCUUCACGAAGGUGGUGGAUGUGGGCUCUUCAUCUCUGAAGCUUGAGAUUUGGGACACGGCUGGCCAGGAGAAGUACCACAGCGUCUGCCACCUCUACUUCAGGGGUGCCAAUGCUGCGCUCUUGGUGUAUGACAUCACUCGCAAGGAUUCCUUUCACCAGGCCCAGCAAUGGCUGGAGGACCUGGAGAAGGAGUUCCAGCCAGGAGAAGUGGUGGUGAUGCUGGUUGGCAACAAAACCGACCUCGGCGAGGAGCGCCAAGUGUCCUUCCAGGAAGGGAAGGAAUUUGCGGAGAGCAAAAGCCUGCUCUUUAUGGAAACCUCAGUCAAGCAGAACUACCAGGUGUCUGAGGUCUUUGAUACCAUUGCCCGGGAGUUACUGCAGAGAGCAGGAGACAGGGGGAGCAGCAGCCCACAGGACGGUGAGGCUGUGGUUCUGAACCAGGGACCUGCUGCCAAGCAGCGCCAGUGUUGCGCAUGAGUACUGAGCGUGCGGAGGACAUCUCAGC